AUGAUAAAAGUGCAUGGUACCAUUUAUAUGUUUGAACUGUUAAAGCAGCGCUUCAAGUUUACUAGGAAGGCAGUUCAAUUCUUCAUGGUUACUAUUCCAUUUGCUGAUGAUUCUUUGCACUUGUCAAAUUGGAAUCUCUGUUCAAAUUUGGAUUUGGCAUAUGAUCCAGAUGUCUGGUUAUUUGACCAAAGUGCUCCUGAGCCACUUCGUGGUCGGCAAUGUGAGCUGCCUGUACAGAACAAACUUAUACUGGGAGAUGUGGAAUCUAGUUGUGAAAGUGAAACGCAUAGAGAACGUAAUAUCAAUAAUGCUUUUUCUGUGAAACAAAAGUUACUGAAUGGAGAAGGUGGCUUGGAAAAAGUUGACAGCUUCUCACGGUGGGUAAAUAAAGAACUUGCUGAGGUAGAAGAUUUGAAUAUGCAAUCCUCCUCUGGUAUUCCAUGGAGCACUGUUGGAUGUGAAAAUGUUGUUGAGGAUUCUUCACUGAGCCCCUCCCUCUCCCAGGAUCAGCUCUUCAGCAUAACUGAUUUUUCACCUAAAUGGUCCUACACAGAUUCAGAAAUUGAGGUUCUGGUUAUUGGAACAUUUAUGAAGAAUCACAAAGAGGUAGCAAAAUGUAACUGGUCAUGUAUGUUUGGGGAAGUUGAGGUUCCUGCAGAGAUUUUGGCUGAUGGGGUUCUUUGUUGUCGUGUGCCACCUCACACAGUUGGACAAGUUCCUUUUUAUGUGACAUGUUCCAACCGGCAAGCAUGUAGUGAAGUGCGAGAAUUUGAGUAUAUAACGGGCUCUGUUAAAGAUGUAGUUAUUUCGGAUGUAUAUGGUUGUGCCUCAAAUGAAAUGAUUCUUUAUUUGCGUCUUGAGAAGCUCCUAUCUACGGGGUCAUUGAGUCUUCCAAAUUAUCUCUCUGAAAAAUCUCGUGAGAAACAGAAUUUAAUUGGUAAAAUCAUUUUACUGAAAGAGGAAGAGGAACAGAUGGUGGAGCCAACCACUAAGAACUUGUCCCAACAUGGAGUGAAGGAGCAGAUCCUUCAGAAACAGAUGAAAGAGAAGUUGUAUUCGUGGCUCCUUCGUAAAGUAAUUGAAGAUGGUAAAGGGCCUAGUAUUUUAGAUGAUGAGGGGCAAGGUGUAUUACAUUUAGCAUCUGCUCUUGGUUAUGACUGGGCCGUAAAGCCAACUAUAACUGCAGGAGUUAGUAUCAAUUUCCGGGAUGUGAAUGGGUGGACUUCCCUUCAUUGGGCGGCAUUUUGUGGCAGAGAGCAGACAGUUGCUAUACUUGUGUCUCUGGGCGCAGCUUCGGGAGCAUUGACCGAUCCCUCCCCAGAAUUUCCUUUGUGUAGAACUCCUGCAGACCUGGCUUCUGCCAAUGGACACAAAGGAAUUUCUGGCUUUCUAGCAGAGUCUUCCUUGACCAGCCACCUCUCAUCCCUUACAGUGAAUGAUUCAGCAGAAGAUAGUGCCUCAGAAGAUUCAAGGGCUCGAGCUGUGCAAAUUGUUUCAGAGCGAACACCUACUCCAGUGAAUGAUGGUGAUAUAUCAGAUGUACUAUCACUGAAGGAUUCACUAACUGCAGUCUGUAAUGCUACACAGGCUGCUGAUCGUAUACAUCAAGUCUUCAGGAUGCAGUCAUUCCAGCGGAAACAGUUAAAUGAGUUUGGUGAUGACUUUGGUAUAUCAGAUGAGCAUUCUCUUUCGCUUGUAACAGCCAAGACACUCAAACCUGUACAAGGUGGACAAGCUCAUGCUGCUGCCAUACAGAUUCAGAAGAAGUAUCGUGGUUGGAAGAAGAGAAAAGAGUUCUUGUUGAUUCGCCAAAGAAUUGUUAAAAUCCAGGCACAUGUGAGGGGACACCAGGUAAGGAAACAAUAUAAAUCAAUUACCUGGUCAGUUGGAAUUCUGGAGAAGGUCAUUUUGCGAUGGAGACGUAAAGGAAGUGGUUUACGCGGAUUCAGACGGGAAGCACUCAAUAAGCAGCCUGAGCCUCAAUUUGUGCCUUUAGAAGACGACUAUGAUUUUCUUAAGGAGGGAAGAAAACAAACAGAAGAAAGGUUGCAAAAAGCACUUAGUAGGGUGAAGUCUAUGGUUCAGUAUCCUGAGGGACGAGCUCAGUACCGUAGGUUGCUGACUGUUGUUGAAGGUUUCCGUGAGACCAAGGUGUGUGACAUGGAUCUAAGUGGUUCGGAAGAAAUAAUUUAUGAUGAUGAAGAACUAGUUGAUAUUGACUCACUUCUGAAUGAUGAUACUUUCAUGUCUAUUGCAUUUGAAUGAAUGGCUGAGCUUUGCUUCUGUUGCCUGUACAUAAAUGGACGGAUAGUUUCAGCUUUAUGAAGGUCCUAACUUCAUUCUGUCUGUAAAUAUAUUUAUGUAAUCAAUAUGCUUAUUAUAAUAAUUUUAGGUAUUUUUUUUAAAGAAGACAUGCGGAGACACAUAAAUGAACAAUUAGUUACCCCAUUAUUUAAUGCUUUGUAUUUUGAA